CCGCCGCCUCCCGCGGGGGGGCCCGAACGAGCCCCCGCCCCGAGCGGGCCCCGGCACCGCCAGCACCGCGUGGGUAGCGCCCCGAACCCCCCCCCUCCCAACCCGCGCGGUCGCGCGGCCUCCCCGGUUCCCCCCCCCCAGCACACACCGGAGCCCCCCCCUUCCCCUCAUGCGCGCCCGGCCAUGACGAUCCUCCCGAAGAAGAAGCCGGUGCCGGCGCCCGACGGCGACGCGGACUCGUGCCAGGACUCGGGCGCCGAUCGCGGCGCGGACGCGGGUCCCGAGCGCGGCCCCGGCGGCGUCGGAGAGCCCGGGGGUCCCGGCGUGGGGGGGCCGCGGCCCAGAGCCUCGCCGCCGCCGCCGCUGCGGGGCUGGGCAGGACUGCCCGGAGCCGCGGGCUCCCCCCCGCCCGCCGGGCCUGGAGGGCCCGUCAGCGGCGGGCCCGGAGCGGCGGAUGGGCCCGCGGCGCUGCUGGGGCUGGAGGCGGCGGCGCUGGGGCUGCCCGAGCCCCGCGGGCCCGGCUGCGGCGGCGGAGGCGGCGGCGGCCCCGGGCACAGCAAGAGGCGGAGGCGAGGCGGGGCCGGGCCCAGCGGAGGGCCCGGAGGAGGGUCCGGCCCCGGAGGGAUCGGGCUGGGGCUGGGGCUGGGCCCCGGGUGCGGCAGCCCCGGCCCCGACGAGGCGGGAGGAGGCUACAACAGCGAGGACGAGUACGAGGCCGGCAGGGUGGAGAUGGACCCGGCCACGGCCGAGCAGCAGGAGCACCGGUUCGAGAAGGCGCUGCGGGAGAAGAAAGGCUUCAUCAUCAAGCGCAUGAAGGAGGACGGGGCCUGCCUGUUCCGGGCCGUGGCGGAUCAGGUGUACGGAGACCAGGACAUGCACGAGGUGGUGAGGAAGCACUGCAUGGACUACCUGAUGAAAAACGCCGAUUACUUCUCCAACUACGUGACCGAGGAUUUCACCACCUACAUCAACCGGAAGCGGAAGAGCACCUGCCACGGGAACCACAUCGAGAUGCAGGCCAUGGCCGAGAUGUACAACCGCCCCGUCGAGGUCUACCAGUACGGCACCGAGCCCAUCAACACGUUCCACGGGAUCCAGCACAACGAGGACGAGCCGAUCCGGGUCAGCUACCACCGGAACAUCCACUACAACUCCGUGGUCAACCCCAACAAGGCCACCAUCGGCGUCGGGCUGGGGCUGCCCUCCUUCAAACCAGGGCUGGCGGAGCAGUCGCUGAUGAAAAGCGCCAUCAAGACGUCGGAGGAGUCGUGGAUCGAGCAGCAGAUGCUGGAGGACAAGAAACGUGCCACCGACUGGGAGGCCACCAACGAGGGAAAUUUGAGGGGGGUCUCAAUGGGUGCUGGGGGGUCCCUGUGGGUGCUGGGGGGGUCCCCAAGCUGUCCCUGGGGGUGA